CUCGCUAUUAACCGCGAGCGCGCAAGCGUCGCGCCAUCGCACUGACAUUUUAAAUUUAAAAAAUAUAAAACUGAACAAAACUUUUGUCUAUAGCUCGGAAUAAAACUUUUGAUAAUUAAAUGUAACUUUUUCUGUGAUUAUAAAGUGUUUUUAAGUUAUUUAAAAAUGAAUGUGUUGUGUUUAAUAUUCUUCGUUGGUGUCGCCGCGUCUGUACACGGACAAACCUUGGUCGAAGAAGUGAAAGGACCAAAACAUGACAAGAAGGUGGUCUGCUACAUAGCUACCUGGGCGGUCUACCGGCCAGACCCUGGCAGAUUCAGCUUGGAAGACUUGGAGCCAGCUCUGUGUACACAUUUGGUCUACUCAUUUGCCGGUCUCAAUGAGACUUCUAAUUCUAUUAAGAGUCUUGAUCCCUGGCAAGAUUUAGAAACAGAUUACGGCAAGGCUGGUUAUAAGCGGCUGGUGGCUUUGAAGAACAAAUACCCACACUUGAAGGUGACCUUGGCAAUCGGAGGAUGGAACGAGGGGUCUCCAAGAUAUUCCAACAUGGCCAGUAAGCCGGAGACCAGAGCUGCUUUUAUUAAAAGCAUUUUGCUGAUGAUGAAUAACUACAAAUUCGAUGGCCUGGAUUUGGAUUGGGAGUACCCAACAAAGAGAGACGGCAAACCAUACGAUCGGGAGAACUUUGUUCUACUUGUGAAGGAACUCAGUGAAGCGUUCGAGCCGUACGGCUACAUUCUAACAGCGGCGCUUGGAGCUGGAAAAUCGACAAUGGAGACAGCCUACGACCUUGCCAAGUUGAGCCGGUAUCUAGACCUGAUACAUAUGAUGUGCUACGAUUACCAUGGUACCUGGGAUGGAGUGCUAGGAGCCAACGCACCAUUGAAAGGAAUCAAUGAAAAUGAUACUUUAAGUGUGGAAUGGACGGUAGAAUAUCUUCUUGCCCACGGCGUGAGCCCCUACAAGAUGGUGCUUGGUCUUCCAAUGUAUGGCCGGACCUUCUUACUGACAGACCCUGGCUCCAGGGUCUUGGAGUAUGGUUCUACUCCUGUGAAGGCGACUGGGUUCAAAGGACCUUAUACUGGUGAAGCUGGUUUCAUGGGGUACAAUGAGAUCUGUGUGGAGACAAUGAACAAAUCUUCCCCUUGGGUAUACCACUGGCAUGAUCAAUCUUCAACGCCAUACCUCAGAGACGGAGAGAAGGUCAUCUCGUACGAUAAUGGACGAUCUAUUGCUAUUAAAGUCAAGAUGGCCAUAGAUAAAGGUCUUGGUGGCGUUAUGGUGUGGUCCAUCGACACAGAUGACUUCAGAGGCAAUUGCAAUGAAACGGAUGCCUAUAUAGACUUCGUGGAGCGCCAUAGAAGGAUGGUGAACGACCCCGUCGUCAACAAGGCUGCUAAGAACUUGAAUAUACCUGAUGUUAGCCUAGUAGGCUCUAAAGGCCCAGCCUACGUGUUAGAAGACAACACACUGCAACUACGCCUUCCACAACCGAAAUACACAAACUACGCGCUAAUGCAAACGAUUAACGACGCUAUCACCUUAGCAAUAGAGGAGAAAAAGAUUUUAGAUGAAGUUAAGCGUUUGGAAAGUGAUAAUGAAGUCAGGAGUGAGGAUAAAGGAGGGAAUGGGCAUAGCAUUACAAGUAGUUUAUUUGGUAUCGCCCUUUGUGCUUUAGUUGCGUUGCAAUUGUAAUUUUGUUCCUGAUGUCAUAAGGUUUAAAUUUGCAUGGAGUUUAGUUUUUCUGUCAAAGAAACGGUACACUUUUGCUAAUUGCAAAGUGAACUCUAUUUCGUAGGUCAAAAAUCAUCAAAUG